AUGGACAUGGGUCACGGGAGUGUCCUUCGAAGGAAAGACCACCCUCGUCUCCGUGCCCAGCCUGUGGGCAAUGGGGACACUGGAAACGUCAGUGUCCCUCCUGGCAGAGACCCCGACGACCCAAGAGGCAUCCUCCUAUCUUCCAGUCUCCUGAAGAGUGGAAGAAAAGGGGUGCCUGAGGGCCGGCUUGCUCCCGAAACAGGUGGUGAAGGGGGAACAGAUGUCACUCAUUCCUGUGAGCUGCUGAAGGACCUCAAAUUCCUCUUCUGCCAGAAGAACGAGCCUAAAGACGCUCUGGAAUGGUGCCUGAUCUGGAGCUUGGGAGAAGUUGACCGCCUCCAUCCUUGUCCUGAGUGCAGAAGAGUCUUUCAGAUGAACUCCUUAGAACACUCCCUCUCAGAAGAGCCCACAGAUAAUGAACAUUACGUAUAUCUGAACUCCCAAGAGUUGACUGAUGAACAUGGUCUGGAGGAGCAUAUCUAUGAAUGUAUCCCAUCUGAAGAUGAAGGUGAACAUAUCUAUGAUUAUAUAGUUGCAUUGAAAGACCAACAGACUUUGAAAAAGGGAAUGACAGAAGAAGAGAAAAGAAAUCUCUGCUUACAAGAGAUUCAUUUAACAGAAGCCAAAUACUGCAAGACUCUUAAAGACAUAGAAAAGAAUUACAUGAAUCCUCUGAAGCUGUUGCUGAGCCCUCUGGAAAGGACAGCUAUCUUUAUUAACCUGGAGGAGCUAAUUAAAGUGCAGGAGAGCUUUCUAAGGGCCAUUGAUGUAUCAGUGAUGGCUGGAGGGAACAGGCUGGCUAAAGUCUUUCUAGAAUUCAAAGAAAAGCUACUGGUCUAUGGGGAAUACUGCAGCAACAUGGAGUAUGCCCAGAAGACUCUGAGUCAUCUUCUUGUCAGUCGAGAAGAUUUCAGGCAAAAAGUAAAGGAGUGCAGCUUGAAGGUCCAUUACGGGCAUUUUGCAUUAGAAGAUCUGCUAGUUGUGCCAAUGCAACGGAUUCUGAAGUAUCAUCUCCUUCUGAAGGAACUCCUCAAGCACUCUGCAGACCCUCAGGAGAGACAGCAGCUCCAGCAAGCACUGGAGGCCAUGCAGGACUUGGCAAUGCACAUAAAUGAAGUCAAAAGGGACAAAGAAACCUUGAAGAAAAUCAGUGAAUUUCAGAAUUCCAUAGAAAACUUGCAAGUGAAACUGGAAGAAUUUGGGAAGCCAAAGAUUCAUGGGAAAUUGAAAGUCCAAUGCAUCUCCAGAAACCAUACCAAACAGGAUAGGCAUUUAUUUUUGUUUGAUAAAGUGGUGCUUGUCUGUAAGAUAAAAGGCACUAAGUACAAGCUCCAAGAGAUCCUUGAUCUGCUCUUUUACAAGAUGACAGAUGAUGCAGUGAAUAAUAAGAACACUAGGAAGUGGUUUUAUGGGUUCUCCUUAAUUCACCUGCAAGGAAAGCAGGGCUUCCAGUUUUUCUGCAAGACUGAAGACAUGAAAAGAAAAUGGAUGGAGCAGUUUGAAAUGGCAAUGUCCAACAUUAAACCAGAGAAGGCCAAUGCAAACCAUCACAACUUCCAGAUGAACACAUUCGACAAGACAAUCAACUGUGAAGCAUGUAAGAUGUUCUUAAAGGGGACUUUCUAUCAAGGCUAUCUUUGCACUAAAUGUGGGGUGGGAGCACAUAAGGAAUGCUUAGAAGUGAUUCCACCUUGCAAGAUUACUUCUCCUAAGAACCUGAACAUACUAGGUGUGAGAGUGCUUCCUAAGUUGGUGGCAAUGCAGAGUUACCAUGGUAUUCCAUCUCCACCUGGCAAGUCAGGGUUAACAUUCCAAGCAGGUGAUGUGAUUGAACUUCUUAGAGGUCCCCCUGACUCUCAGUGGUGGGAAGGAAGGUUAAUGCAAACCAAGAAGUCAGGUUAUUUUCCUAGUUCAUCUGUGAAGCCCUGGUCUGAGGAGAGCCAGCCUCCAAGCAGCAGGACCCUAUCUGGAGAAAUAGACUGUACAAGAUACCGUUGGUUUGCAGGUAAUAUGGAGCGAGAAGAGGCUGAAAAAGUGUUGAAAUCUCUUAAAAGUGGGACAUACUUGAUCAGAGAAAGACCUGAGGAAGCUGAGCCAUUUUCCUUAAGCAUAAAGUUCAAGUAUGAAGUGAAACACAUUAAGGUGAUGAAGAAAGCCAACUCAAUUUACAUCACAGAAUCUAAGAUGUUUGAAAGCCUAUUGGAGUUGGUAGAAUACUACCAAAGCCACUCACUUAAAGAGGGUUUUGAAGACCUGGACACCACAUUGGAAUACCCAUACAAAUUUCCAUUAUAUUCAGGCUCAAAAGCCUCUACCUGGUCUCUAGUGUACAAUCCCCGUGUCAUUGGCAUGAGCAUGGCCAUCAAUAAGUUUGCAGCCAGUGACUUGUCAGAGCUCCCAUUGCAAGAGGGCAGUGUGGUGAGGAUGCACAAUAGGUUUGGUGAUGUCCAGUGCUUGUGUAAGGAAGAGGCCAGUGGAAGGACUCUUCAGUCUCCCUCAAGUUAA